CUUCGCAAACGUUGUCGUGGUACCGAGGACACGCUCGCUUCUAACUCGCAGGAUCGCCGCCUAGAAGAGGCAGCCCAAGCCCCAGAGACCCUACGCCAGGAGUAUGGCCGACGAGCCCGAGUGGGCGCGGCAGCCCCCGCCGGCGCCGCCGCCGGCCGCGCCGCCCGCGGCGGCGAGCCCCGAGCCGGACUGGGCCAAGCCGGCGCCCGCUCCAUCAAACGAGCCCGCGUGGGCGCGGACGCCGGCGCCGGCCCCCGCGCCUUCAUUGAAUGAGCGCGUCGGCGCCGCCGUUGUCGGCGCGGCGAUUGGGGCAGCCAAGCCGCCCAUGGACAUGUCCUUCUUAAAUUUACCGAAGCCGAUCCUCGCGAUGCGGUUCAUGAACGUGCUGAGCGCCUUCAUGCUGAGCUUUUGCGCUAUUACCAAACUCAUGACCACCGAUAGAUUGGCGCCGGGCAUCGUGGCGGUCUACAUCUUUAUUUUUGCCGUGGCCAUUUUCCUCUUCGAGCUGCACAUUCCGCAAUUAGGAAGGGGCCUCGCGGAGAAUUUGGGGUUCCUCUACUCGGCGAUGGGCCGCUUCUGGUUCCUGAUUCUGGUGGCUAUAUUGGCAGCGUCGGGCCACGGUUUGUGGGGCAUCUUCACGGUCAUUCUGGUGGUGUGCACGGCCGUCGUGAACGCGCUCAUCUGGUGGAAGUACCCCGACUACGAGAAGGGCUGCCGCAUCGUCGACCUCGGCCAGGCCUGA